UGCGCAGAGCCUGUGCGAAGACGCAGCGUUCCUGUGCACGUUGAGAUGCUUGGUGCUGGCCACACGCCAAUGCGACAGCGACGCGCGCUCACGUCAGUCCGCGUCCCGUCGUACACUGUGCACGUCCCACACGACAGAGCCUCGAGGCCACGAUCACCGUCAUUCGAGUUGACAGAAUCUGUACCUUUCGCGUCCAUGAUGAUGAAUGACUCAACAGGCCACACUCGUCGCCGACGACGUGGCAGCGACAACGGAGGCAUUUCACGCAAAUACAGCGAUGCCAUUGGUCCACAUCCGGUCACGUCAACACAAGAGCACGCACAGAUUCCAAGACGCGGCGAUCGUCACUAUAGGAUUGAAGCCGCUGUCGCCAUGACAACACCGCUGUCCUGUGCGCCACCGGAGCCGGCGUCCACCGCCGAUGUCAUCGCGACGGUGUUUGCCGACUUUGAACUGGAUCAGCCAUCGCUGCCGCCGCGCCCGCCGCGCGUCGACCGCCAAAAGGAAGAGCUCGUGUACCUGCGCCAGCAAGUCGAGCAGCUCAAUGCCAUCUUGGUCGAGCUCACGAGUUCUCGCAUGGUUGACGAUCUCGCCGGAUGUACGUUUUGGGAGAAAAUCGCGCGGGACCAAAAGAUGGCGUCAACCCGCGCAAGCCAAGAGAACGGCCGCCUCAAGCGCGCGCUGGAAGACCAGCUCCAUGUGGCCAAAGAGCUCGAACGCUUGCUCGUCAAGCGACCGAGGCUUGCGGAGCCGCCGUCGCUGGAUUUGGCCGACUGGAAACUGCGGCGACUGCCUCUGGACGAAGUGAGCCGGAGCGCAGCUUUUCACGCGAUCGUCGACGAUGCGUUUGCCAACCUCGAGUCACUUUUCCUGCGGUCGCGCAUUCUGGAGGCGCCGAUCGGGCAGCGUCUUUUCAAUGUGACUGAAGACCGCGACUCGAUUUUGAUUUCGGUCAAAAACGUCAUUGAAAUACCAGAUAACGUCCUCUCGGUCGGCGAGAAGACGUGGACCACGUGGCGCGGAUGCUCGGGGACGCUGCCCCACAUGCGUUUUGAGGUCCUCCAGAGCUUUGGCGUCGAUGGUGUGUACGUCCGGAUCACGACUAGCCUCGACGCGACCACCCCGUGUAUGCAGCUCAACUACGCGAUCAAGCGCUUCGUUCGUGACUCGCGCGUCGUCUUUGUGCUCAAAACGGUCCUCGACGACGAGAAGUUGCCCGUGCUUCCGGGCCUUCUCGUGGGCAACCACACAGCAUGUAGUAUUGUCAUGGAAGCUGUCGGCGCGAAUCGAACGUGCCGACGCGUCUGCGUCGAAGGAAAUUUGCCCGCCCAGCCACCGCGGCACAGCCCGCUGCUUCAGAAAGAGCUCAGCGUCACGGACGCUGUCUUCAAGAUGAUGCAGUCGGUUUUUCAAACGCUAGAAAUGUUGCUGGCAUGAGGCUAUUCACGCAAAAUGCAAUCAAAUGCUUGUGGUAUAUACUACUAAUCCAGUGUUUUGUACAAGAUGAAGCCCC